GGCCGCGCGCGGGGCACGCCGGGAGUUGUAGUCCAGCCCCACACGCGGUACCGGCGGCGGGAGCGGCACCAGCGGCGGUACCGGCAUGGCGGGACUGGAGCUGGUGUCGGACGCGGGGUUCCGGGCGGACGGGCGGCGGCCGGACGAGCUUCGCAAGGUGCGGGCCCGGCUCGGGGUGCUGGCCCGGGCCGACGGCUCGGCCUACCUGGAGCAGGGCAACACCAAAGUGCUGGCGGCCGUGUACGGCCCGCACGAGGUUCGGGGGUCCCGGGCCAAGGCCCCACCGGACCGGGCGCUGCUCAGUGUCCGCUGCAGCUCGGCCCCGUUCGCGGGGGGCGGCGAGCGGCGCCGGCGGCCGGCGCAGGGCGGGACGGACCGGAGAUCGGGGGAGCGAGCGCUGCUGCUGCGGGGCGUGCUGGAGGGAGCCGUGCUCAGCCAGCUCUAUCCUCGCUCCCAGAUCGACGUGCACGUACAGGUUCUCCAGGCCGAUGGCGGUGAGCUCGGUGCCAGUGUCAGUGCAGCAGGACUGGCGCUGCUGGACGCUGGCGUGGCGCUGCGUGGGGCUGUGGUGGCCGGGUCAGCCGGGCUGGCCGAGCCCCCGGCUGGGCCCCCGGUGGCCCUGAGUGACCUGAGCGCGGCCGAGGAGGCGGCCGGAGGCCCCAGGCUGGCCGUGGCCACGGUGGCGGGCAGCGGGCAGCUGGCCCUGUGCCAGCUCAGCGCCCGCCUGCACCAGGAGCGGCUGCGGCCAGUGCUGGACGCUGCCCAGGCCGCCUGCCAGGGGCUGCACGCCGUGCUGGACAGCGUGGUGAGGGCCAGGCUGCGCCAGGACACCGCCAUGGAGCACUGACCAGCACAGUGACCACCCCAGGACACCGCCAUGGAGCCCUGAGUGACCACAGUGACAGCCUCAGGACACCGCCAUGGAGCACUGACCAGCACAGUGACCACCCCAGGACACCGCCAUGGAGCACUGACCAGCACGGUGACCACCCCGGGAUGCUGCCAUGGAACAGUGACCAGCACGGUGACCACCCCGGGAUGCUGCCAUGGAACAGUGACCAGCACGGUGACCACCCCAGGACACCGCCAUGGAGCACUGACCAGCACGGUGACCACCCCAGGACACCGCCAUGCAGCAGUGACCACUGCAGGAACACAGGCAUAGUGCAGUGACUGACCACAGUGACCACCCCAGGACACCGCCAUGGAGCCCUAAGUGACCAUAGUGACAGCCUCGGGACACCGCCAUGGAGCACUGACCAGCACGGUGACCACCCCAGGACACCGCCAUGGAGCACUGACCAGCACGGUGACCACCCCAGGACACCGCCAUGGAGCACUGACCAGCGCGGUGACCACCCCGGGAUGCUGCCAUGGAACACUGAGUGACCACCCAGACACCGCCAUGGAGCACUGACCAGCAGAGUGACCACCCCAGGACGCCACCAUGGAGCACUGACCAGCAGAGUGACCACCUCAGGACACCGCCAUGGAGCACUGACCAGCACAGUGACCACCCCAGGACACCGCCAUGGAGCACUGACCAGCACAGUGACCACCCCGGGAUGGUGCCAUGGAGCACUGAGUGACCACUCAGGACACCGCCAUGGAGCACUGACCAGCGCGGUGACCACCCCGGGGUGCUGCCAUGGAACAGUGACCAGCACGGUGACCACCCCAGGACACCGCCAUGCAGCAGUGACCACUGCAGGAACACAGGCAUAGUGCAGUGACUGACCACAGUGACCACCCCAGGACACCGCCAUGGAGCACUGACCAGCACGGUGACCACCCCAGGACACUGCCAUGGUGCACUGACCAGCAGAGUGACCACCCCGGGAUGCUGCCAUGGAGCACUGACCAGCACGGUGACCACCCCAGGACACCGCCAUGGAGCACUGACCAGCACGGUGACCACCCCGGGGUGCUGCCAUGGAGCACUGACCAGCACAGUGACCACCCCAGGACACUGCCAUGGAGCACUGACCAGCGCGGUGACCACCCCAGGACACCGCCAUGGAGCACUGAGUGACCACAGUGACCGCCCCAGGACACCGCCAUGGAGCACUGACCAGCACGGUGAUCACCCCAGGACACCGCCAUGAAGCACUGAGUGACCACAGUGACCACUCAGGACACUGCUGUGGGUUAGUGACUGACCACAGUGACCAUCCUGGGACAUCACCAUGGCACAGUGACCAUCGCAGUGACCACCAUGGGGACAUGGCCAUGGCACAGUGACCAGAGUGACCAGCAGACACAUUGCCAUGGCACAGUGACUGACCACUGGGACACUGAGGGGACAUUGCCACAGAGCAGUGACCACUUCAGGGACAUGGCCAUGGCACAGUGACCACUGUGGGGACACCAGGACACUGCCAUGGCACAGUGACCACUGUGGGGACACCACCAUGGCGCAGUGACCACUGUGGGGACACCACCAUGGCACAGUGACCACUGUG